CGGGUGAACCCUCCCCGAAACCCCCCGGCUGUUAGUGCGGUGUGAGUGCGUGUGUGCUCCGGAGCUAGCCUCGGCACACAUUCUAUAAAAAAUUAAAAAUCCAAAAAAAAUUUAAAAACAUUAAAAACUCUUAAAAAAUUUUCCUUUUCUUUUUUUUGUAAUAAUAAUAAUAAAAAAAAUCGUCGGUGAAGCAGGAGCUGCUCGGUAUCACUACAUCACGGAGGAAGAACUUAGCUUAGCUUAGCUUAUCUCUGAAGGCCCGAUUUAAUUUAAAACUGUAACCAAAAUCCGAAUUGACAAUUUGGGAAUAUCUUAAAAGUUGAAGGAUUCUUAAAUUUUUCGAAUUUUAAGUCUUUUAAAACCCGGUUUUAAUUCGUGAUAAGUAUAUAGAUAUUUGUAGUAUUAUUUUUUUUCCCUCGGCUAAAAAGCAGCUAACUGGCUGAAACUGGUUGAAGUGAAGUCGCGUGCGCGUUUAUUUCGAAUCAACCGCCAACCGUCUCUCGCUCUCUUUCUCUGGUCUCGCGCCGACUAGCAAAUUUAAAUUUUUUAACAACCCAAGGCUAAGCUAGCAAAAGAAAAACAAAAACAAACGAAGAAAACAAGAUGAACCCCAGCGCUCCUAGCUACCCGAUGGCCUCCCUGUACGUCGGAGAUCUUCACCAAGACGUGACCGAGGCCAUGCUGUAUGAGAAGUUCAGCCCUGCCGGCGCGAUCCUCUCCAUCCGCGUGUGCAGGGACAUGAUCACACGCCGCUCCCUCGGCUACGCCUAUGUCAACUUCCAGCAGCCCGCAGACGCCGAGCGCGCUCUGGACACGAUGAACUUCGACGUGAUCAAAGGCAGACCCGUGCGCAUCAUGUGGUCGCAGCGCGACCCGUCGCUGAGGAAAAGUGGCGUUGGUAACAUUUUCAUCAAGAACUUGGACAAGUCGAUCGAUAACAAGGCGCUGUACGACACCUUCUCCGCGUUUGGCAACAUUCUGUCCUGCAAGGUCGUUUGUGAUGAAAACGGAUCGAAGGGAUACGGCUUCGUUCACUUCGAGACCCAGGAGGCGGCUGAAAGAGCCAUCGAAAAAAUGAACGGCAUGUUGCUCAACGACAGAAAAGUGUUUGUGGGUCGCUUCAAAUCUCGCAAAGAACGCGAGGCCGAGCUCGGAGCCAGAGCCAAGGAGUUCACCAACGUCUACAUCAAGAACUUCGGCGAGGACAUGGACGACGAGAAACUGAAGGACGUCUUUAGCAAAUACGGUGCGACCCGUCGUAACGCGAUGAGUAUCCGCGUCAUGACGGACGACAGCGGCAAAUCCAGAGGCUUCGGCUUCGUGAGCUUCGAGAGGCACGAGGAUGCUCAAAAGGCCGUGGACGAGAUGAACGGGAAGGAGCUGAACGGCAAGCUGAUCUACGUGGGCCGCGCGCAGAAGAAAGUAGAACGUCAGACCGAGCUCAAGCGCAAGUUCGAGCAGAUGAAGCAGGACCGGAUGACGCGCUACCAGGGCGUCAAUCUGUACGUGAAAAAUCUGGACGACGGCAUCGACGACGAACGCCUGCGCAAGGAGUUCUCUCCUUUCGGAACCAUCACCAGUGCCAAGGUCAUGAUGGACGGCGGACGCAGCAAAGGUUUCGGCUUCGUCUGUUUCUCCUCCCCCGAGGAGGCCACUAAAGCCGUGACCGAGAUGAACGGCCGUAUCGUUGCCACCAAACCUCUGUACGUGGCGCUGGCUCAGCGUAAAGAGGAACGCCAAGCUCAUCUAACCAACCAGUACAUGCAGAGGAUGGCCAGCGUUCGCGCCGUCCCCAAUCCCGUGCUCAACCCGUACCAGGCCGCGCCGCCGUCCGGAUAUUUCAUGGCUGCCAUUCCUCAGGCCCAAAACAGAGCUGCGUAUUAUCCCACUAGCCAGCUUGCACAGCUCCGACCGAGUCCACGCUGGACUGCGCAGGGUGUCCGACCUCAGCACUUCCAGAACAUGCAAGCCACCAUGAGGCCCUCAGCCCCGAGGCCACAGACCUUCAGCACCAUGAGACCUGCUUCUCAGGUUCCUCGUGUGAUGUCCGCUCAACGCGUUGCUGCGCAGACGGUGGGUCCGAGGCCUACGGCGGCUGCAGCUGCGGCGGCUGCGGCGCCGGUGCGCACCAUCCCUCAGUACAAAUACACGGCCGGAGUGCGCAACCCUCAGCAGCACAUCAACACGCAGCCUCAGGUCUCCAUGCAGCAGCCUGCGGUUCACAUGCAGGGUCAAGAGCCUCUGACGGCAUCCAUGCUGGCUGCAGCUCCUCCUCAGGAGCAGAAGCAAAUGCUGGGUGAGCGUCUGUUCCCGCUGAUCCAGAACAUGCACUCCGACCUGGCAGGGAAGAUCACGGGAAUGCUGCUGGAGAUCGACAACUCGGAGCUGCUGCACAUGCUCGAGUCUCCAGAGUCUCUGCGCUCCAAGGUUGACGAGGCCGUUGCUGUGCUUAAGGCUCACCAGGCCAAAGAAGCCGCUCAACAGAAAAAUGUGACCAACUCCAUCGGAUUGCCAAGCGUCUAAGCCGAGGGACGACGAUCUUUCAAACUUGCUUCACCGAGGGGGGAUAAAAACCAUAUUAAACAUCGAAAAAACAUGGAAAACUGCAAAAAGAUAGAAAUGAUACUUAAAGAAAAAAAAACAACAAAAAAAAAAACAAUGGAACUGAACUCUGCCAGGCCUAGAGAAGAUAAAGCUAGGCCUAGUCAAUUAUCUUUUUAAAAAAUCUGAAAAAAAGAGCAAAAUUAUUAAAAAAGAAAAAAUGGAAAAUUGGGGGUUUUAAAGAAAAUUCCAUAAAAGAAUAGAGAGGAGGGGGAAAAAUCAGACCCUCUAGCUUUCUUUAUUUUAUUCAUUUUAUUCCUCGCCUGCUGUGCGUCCGGGUUCUGGGUGCGGAGAGGAGAACCGAGAACCGCACAGGCAAUGUGAACAAUUCUCCGGAAUUGAAAAUGUGCUUGCUCAAAUAAAGUUUAAAUUCUGAGUCAUUAA